AAGGCAACCACGGACCGGAACGCGAGGACUCUACGAGACCUCGUUAGACAGGAAGGGAACAAGAACUGUGCGGAUUGCAAAAAGAACGAUGCGAGAUGGGCUUCAUGGAACCUCGGAGUAUACCUCUGUAUCCGUUGUUCCGGUAUCCACCGAUCCAUGGGUACUCAUAUCAGUAAAGUAAAGUCUAUCGACCUAGACAUUUGGCAGCCGGAACAGAUGGACUCGAUGAAGAAAUGGGGCAACAAGCGGGCGAAUCUAUACUGGGAAGCGCAUCUGAAGCCGGGUCAUCAUCCUCCUGACCACAAGAUAGAAUCGUUCAUCCGAUCAAAGUAUGAAUCCCGUAAAUGGGUGUUAUCCGAUCAUCCACCCCGAGAUCCAUCGGUACUCGAAGAAGGC